GCCAACUGGCGUGGUACAUCGAAUCAGUUUAGUGAGCCAUUUCAGGUCGGAUCGCCAUUUGUUCUCUGAGAAAAAAGAACCUGUAGCCAUGAAACUGAUCAUCGCCUUUGCCGCCGUCGUCGCCGUUGCCCUCGCGGCUCCCCCUCAUGACUAUCAUGAUCAGGCGGUCGUCGUGAAAGAGACCCCACUGGAUAAUAUCGGCCUCGACGGAUACCAGUAUGGUUACGAGCUCUCCAACGGCCAGGCUCAUCAAGAGUCCGCCCAAUUGGUAAACGCUGGUCACGAAAACGAGGCUCUUGUAGUCCGCGGUAGUUUCACCUACGUCGACCCAGCGACCAAUGUCAGGUACACCGUCAACUACGUCGCCGACGAGAAUGGAUUUCACCCCGAGGGAGCACAUCUGCCAGUCGUCUAAAUCCUAUUUACCUCAUAUCUGUGUUUUUACAACUUUCCAUCCAGUCUCGCACUCGAAGAAAACCUCAACCCUCUCGAUCUCUCGAUCGUAUAGCGAUCAUACACUAUGACAAACUUAGUUUUAAAUAAAUUGAUUUUUACUUAA